AUGAAGAGAACUGGCUCCAAUAGCAUCGUUCAACGGUUAAUUACCCACAACAACAACAGCCACACAUCGAGCCUCACCAAAACAACAAGACAAUAUUUUUGCCACAGAAAUUGUGUUUUCAAUUAUGCUUUGUCGAACAAGCCAAAUUUAAUUGUUCCGAACAACAAAUUGUAUUAUCCAACAACAACCACAUUUGGCCAAAUACGGUCUUACACCACCACAAAUUGGUGGAGGGAGAAAGAAGCAUCAACAAAUGAUAGUGAUGGUACAAAUACUUCAGCACCUUCAUCCUCCGAACCAAUCACUCUCAAUUUGAUGGACUACGAGAGUUGGAACGCGCAACAAGUAGCUUCAGUAUUAAUUUCUCCUAAAUCUUUGGGUGGUGCUGGUUUGUCGGUUGAUGAUGUAAAGCCUUUGUAUGAGGCUGGUUUUAAAGGCUCAUCUCUCCACAACAUUGUUGAGAAUAUCAAGAAGAAGGAUGAAUAUUUUGCCCUCAAAGCCAUGUCUGGCAGCAAAGACUUUACUCAAGUCUCCGAAAAUACUUGUCAAACUGUUGUAUUUUGGGUGCUCGAUCAAUUAAUGACCAGACAAUAUUCACUAUGGCAAUUGGAGCCAGUGAGUAAACAAAUCAUACAAAAAUUGGGCGAACCAAUUGCAAAAGGAGGUGCUGAUUUGAGUCUUGAUCAAGUUUCUUCAUUAGAUAGCAAAACUCUCUAUAGCAUUGCAAAAGAUGUAGUCUUUGGGUCCAAAGGUGAAUCUGUGGCCAUUGACUUGACUUUGGAAAAAAAAGUUGUCAAGUGGGUCAAACAAUUUCUACUACAAAACAAUAUAAUUCAAAUUGAACUUCGGAAUUUCGACGUUCUCGCUGAUUAUAUUAACAAAAUUUCUUCCAUUUUCGAACAUUCUAUUGCUACAUGGAAAAAUAAGACACUGAAAGAAGAGAAACGUCAAAAAGAAAUUUUACAAGACUUGUAUAAAUCUCCUCUCCUUCCAGACCACCUUAACGGGUUCCAAGAACAUGAUUUUAAGAAAUGGACUUCACAUUGGGACUCUAAACGAAUUCCAGAAAACAAAGGAGAAGAACUCAGAAAAUUGCUAUCAACAGACGCAUCGAUUGAGCGAGGUCAUGACUAUGGUUACUCUCUUCUUUGCUUUUUGGAUUUGACAACAUCAGGUAAAACUUAUACAAUUUUCAAUUUGGCUAAUUCAACGCCAACUGGAAAGAUAUAUCAAAAGUUUUUUGUGUUGUACGUGACUUAUAAUUCAAGGAUAUUCCAAGCAUUGGCGAACACUCAAACUCAACAUAAUCAUUCAUGCUCACCAGAAACAGCUGUUUCUUUACUAGCCUUAGCGAGUCAUAUAGUAAUGAAACACCUUGCAACACGUCAUCCGAACAUUACGUCCUUAGAAUUUCUACAAUUUAUAAGAGAUGGAGGAGAAGAAUUGAUUGUUGAUAUUUUUAAUGUAUUACUUCAGACAAAACCAAAAUUUGAUUCUCAAAGACAAAACGUAAAAUACACAGACGAACUACGGGACCUUGGAAUUAAGGUUGUUUUUGCUUUUGAUGAAGCGAGUACGCUAUUGGAAAUUGCACCAAACACUGUGCCUUUAAGUGAUGGCAAUAAGGGAAGCUUAUUCCAUGCUGUUUACAAGACAAUUCACAAAUUCAAUAACGUGGUCUUUUUAGGGACAACCUACAACUUUACAAAGGCAUCUAUUAACAUCACAGGUGAUGGAAGAGCGUUUGUUAGAACUGUUGUUGGUACUUUAGAUCCAUGGUUUUUCGGGAAUGUCAAGGAAAUAUUGCUUCACAAAUUCAAUUUACAAACUUGGGCGAAACAAUAUCCCAAACUCUUUGAUAUAAUAUGCUAUUUAUUGGCAGGAUCUCCUUACAAGGUUUCAUUAUUUCAUAGACAUUUACUCGAAUCCAACAAAGAGUCUGUAACUGAAAAAUUAAUGGACAGCUUAGAUCAGGUUGUUACGAGUUACAAGAAUCUGAUGAAAGACCGUGUGACAACAUUUUUAGAUGAUUCGUCUCUUGUCGAUAGAUUUGAUGUAUUACUGACAUUAAUUUUUGGACAGGAAUUGGUUUUCCAGUCUGAAAAUGUUCAGAGUAAUGGUAAAUUAGUCUCUGCCCUUAUUGAAAAAACUAUUGCUCCUGUUGUCAAGGUUGGACAGAAAAAGCAAAUAUUUGAAAUUAUUGAUCCAAUUGCUUUUGCAACAUAUUUCACUCAUAUUUUUGAGAAUAAUAGACAACAAGUUUGGAAUUUUGUUAAAGAAAUGAUUUGCGUACAAAAUGGCAGACCUGCCCUUGGAGAUGGAUUUGAAACAUUUAUUGUGUUGUUAUUACUUGAAGAAAGCGAGAGAUUAGAUAAGUCCAAGCUACCAAUGACACAAAGUCCACUAUUUUCAAAGCUAAAGGGAAUUGGAGAUUUCGAUAAUUACUAUCUUGACCUAAAGACAUUCAUUAAGGACAACGUACUGAAACAAAGUUCUUUAGCCCAAGACAACGGUAUACCUGGAGUGUGGUUUUCUUUAUUUCAUGAAGAAUAUUUGAGUAGCAAUUGGCUAUCAAAUGCUAUUGUUAAACCAGACAAUCAAAUGAGACCAGAUGGAAUAUUUUUUUUAAAAAGAGGUGAAUUAAGUAAGCACUCAAUUUGCUCACUCUAUGCAUGCACAUUAGUUGCAGAUCCUGUUUCAGAUGUAACACAACCAAACAAAGCCAUUCAUAGCUUCAUGAUAACAGAUCCCAAAAAUAUUGGAACAACAAAAAAAGGAGACACCUUUUUGGAAGGGUUAAAAAUCGAUACACAAGACAAUCUAAAACAUCUUAACAUGGAAGAUAUGCCGUGCUUGAGAAUAUUAUUUUGUCCAAACAUGGACACAUCAAAACUAGAUUUACAAUUCAUGAAGCAAAAUUAUUCCACUAUCGGACACACAAGGUCAUUGGAUGAUGUAUUCUCUGCGUUUAACAAGAAUCAUACACUGUUGGUAAUUGGUGCGUCAGAGAUUUUGGCAUGCUUGGAGAAAAAUAGAAAUUCUCCAGGCCAUUUAUUAAGGAUUCAAAUUUGGAACACAUUAUGCCCAAACGCACCAGCCAAGUAA